CGCCAUUGACGUCAGCCUCCCGGAAGUACCUUCGGACUCCGGCUGUCGAGCGGUGUGUGUGUGUUGUGUGUGUGCGCUGCUCUUGGCAACAAAGACUCCCAGUCUCGAUUUCGGCGACACUAACCACCGAUUCCUCUCCGUAACCAAGGGGCAGAAACACAGGGACUAGGGAUGCCCUCUGCCUGGUGGUGCUGAUGCUGCACCUAGGAGGAGGAGGAGGAUGAUGAUGAUGGUGGUGACAUGCGUCUAGUUCAGCCGUUCAUCGAUCACAGGACAUCUGAGGACUACAGAAAGUGACGCAAAGAUGCCGCGGCGAAAGCAAUCCAACCCCCAGCCGGUGAAAUUGGAGUCGGAGGAUGGCGGGGCGGUGGUGUGUGAGCCGGGAUGCCUCGUGCUGGAGAGCGACUUCCUGCUGAGCGGCGCCCUGGAGUUUGGAGACGCCGAAAUCAUGGGCCUGGACCGCGACACCGGACUGAGUGUGUUCUCUCUCAGCGUGGAGGAGGACCCUUCAGGGACCACAGACUCCGCCUUCCCCUCCUUCCUCUACUGCAAGGGGUGUGGCCAACUGCUGGGCGACUCCCCCUUGGGGGCGGGGCUUGACUUGGGGCAGGGGCUUGACCUGGGGGCGGGGCUAUACUGCCUCACCUGCGAGGAGGGGCUGACGUCGGACCCGCGGCAGGACGUCUUUGGCGGCGGUGGGGGCGGAGCCAGCCACCUAGGAGCCAUCGCCGUCACCGUUGACCACGGCAACGGCGACCACGGCUUCCGCAAGAGGCGGCGGAACAGCGGCAAAACGGCGGCCCCCGACUCCGCCUCGGACUCCUCGCCGAAGGCCUACGCGUGCACCCUGUGCGCCUUCGUCUCGCGUUACUCCAACCACCUCAAGCGGCACAUGCGCACGCACGACGGCCAGAAGCCGUACCGCUGCGGCGUGUGUCCGUACGCGUCGGCGCAGCGCGUCAACCUCGAGCGCCACGCGCGCACGCACACCGGCGAGAAGCCGUACCGCUGCCCGCAGUGCAGCUACGCCUGCAGCUCCCUGGGCAACCUGCGGAGGCACCAGCGCAUGCACGCGGCGCAGGAGCGGCCGCAGCGCCGGGAGAAGGAGAAGAAGAAGGCGCGCCGGAAAAAGGGCGGAGUCGGCGAGGAUGAAGACGCUGUGGUGUCUGACCUCACCCUGCGGGUGACCCAGGCCUCGUCGGGGUACCUCCAGAGCCUGGGGGUGCUUGGCUCCCCGUCGGCCCCGCUCCCGGAGCUCCUGUUCCCCCUGUGCUGCCGCGUGUGCGGCCUGUCCCUGGACGAGGCCCACCCGCUGGAGGGGGGCAAGGGGGAGGCUGAGGGCGAGGGCGACGGCGGACAGGUGUGCCGCAGCUGUGCCCUGGAGCUCCUCGGCGGUGACUCCCCCGGGGGCCCCCCACCCUGUAGCCCCCAGCGGCCCCCAUCCCCCGGCGGCGGCGCCCUUAGCUCCAACAUUAGCUCCGGCGCCAGCUCACGCCGCGGCAGUGGCCGCCGCCCUUCCGGCAAGCUCCACCGCUGCCCGCACUGCCCCUUCCUGUCGCGCUACCCCAACCACCUGGCGCGCCACGCCCACACGCACUCGGGCGCCAAGCCCCACGCCUGCGCCCACUGCGCCUACAGCUCUGCCCACCUGGACAACCUCAAGCGCCACGCCCGCGUCCACUCCGGCGAGAAGCCGUACCGCUGCCCCGCCUGCAGCUACGCGUGCGGCAACCUCGCCAACCUCCGCCGCCACGAGCGCAUCCACUCGGGCGCCAAGCCGUUCGGCUGCGGCGUCUGCGGCUACGCCUGCAACCAGAGCAUGAACCUGAAGCGCCACAUGCUGCGGCACUCGGGGGAGAAGCCGUACGCAUGCGCACAGUGCGGCUACACCACGGGCCACUGGGACAACUACAAGAGGCACCAGCGCAAGCACGGCGUCGACACAGAGAGCUGGGAUAAGAGGGCGGUGGCCUUGGGGGCGGGGCUAGUGGGGGAGGGGGCGGGGCUAGAGGGGGAGGGCCCCGGUGAGGUGCAUGGGGAGGUGUAG